AUGCCUUGCCCGCACAUACUCGGCCUCGCCUUCCCUGCUCCCCCGUGCCUCUGCCUGCGUCUCCUCGCCCCUCCCUGCGCCCUAUCGCCUCCUCGCCCCUCCCUGCGCCCUAUCGCCUCCUUGCCCCCAUCCACCCCCGACAUGCCCCCCACGUGCAUGGAAGGGCAGAGGGGCAAGUGGGACAUGGGGUCGUUCUCGCUCAUGCUGGGGAGGGGCAAGUGGGAUGUGAGGUCGUUUUCACUCAUGCCGGGGGUGUUCCUGCUGCAGCAGCCCGACGACUUCGCAUGUGUGCUGCUCAUCCAAGACGCCUGCUACGUGCACAUGACAGGCUCGUCGCGCCUGCAUGUGCCAGCUGCGGGCAAGGCAAGGCAAGGCCCAUCGCGCCUGCACACAGCAUCAGCGGGCAUGUGGUACUCAGACGGGGGCGUGCCCAUCAUGCCUGCACUGCACGCGCCAUCAGCAGGCAUGUGGUAUUCAGACGAGGGCGUGCGCGACUUCACUCACUCUACCAGGCCACUCCCUCUCGCCCUCCACCUUUUCCUCUCAGGCUGUCUCGCCUGCACGUGCCACGAGCAGGCAUGUGGCCCAUCGCCCCGCCAUACCUCAUCAGCGGGCAUGUGGUACGCAGACGAGGGUGUGCACUCAAGCGCAUCAGCACGUCCAGCCACCUCUGCUCUGAGCUCUCCCAUCCGUCCCCCACCCCGCUCGCCCCUUCCCCUUUCCACUCCCCCAGGCCCAUCGCGCCUGCACGCGCCAAUGGCGGGCAUGUGGUAUUCGGACGAGGGCGUGCGCGACUUCAAGCGCAUCAGCACCUCCAACGACCUCUGCUCGCUCUUCCCCGACGCCCUCGCCGACCACCAGGACCGCUCCUGGCGCUCCCUCUCGCCCCGCGAGGCGCGCGCUGCCACGCACAGAGAGGCCACUGUUGGGAGGGAUGUGGUGCGGUUGAGUGGGGUGGAGCAGGAGGAGGAAGGGGGAGUGGGGGGAGUGGAUGGGCGGAAGGGGGGUGCGGGAGGGGGGAGGAAGGGGAGUGGGGUGGGGAAGGAGAGGUAUGGUGGGAGGGUGGAGCGGAAGGAGGAGGAGGAGGAGGGGGAUUGGAGGGACAGCGGUCGGGUUGGGUACUCAGCUGAUGAGGGGGAGGAGGGGGAGGAGAGGGGGACCCACAUGGACAAGAGGCGACGCCUCCUGUCCGCAUCCCAGCAAAAACCCGCCAAACCUCACAACCCUGUCCCUUCCCACCCUAAAAAAACCGCCUCUUCAGCCACCCAAUCAACACCAGCGACACCCCAGCAGCAGCAGCAGCAGCAACAGCAGGCAGCAGCACCCGUGGUCUUAUCAGGAUUCGAGAACCAGGCCGUGGGGUUCACAGACGAGUUUGACGAGGAGUUGCACGACAUGACGGACAUCAAGCGCCGGGAGAACCGCGUGUACGGCCGCUUCGAGAGCGCCCAUGCGGUUGCGCGCUACCUCAACCUCAGUGACGCUGCCAGUAGGGCGCGGAUGGCCAAGGGGCCGAAAGGGGGGCGCGUGGAGAAGGUGGGGUAUGUGCCGCGACAUAACACGUACAUGGGGGAUUUCGGCGAGGCCGUGGUGCCUCUCAUGCAGGCCGCUGUGCACCUGGUGCGCGCGCCCCCGUCGGACCCAUCCAAGGACACGAGGGGGGAGGGGCGCGUGGUGUUCUUUCCGGGGGAGCACGAGGUGCGCAGCGCGUGGACGGCUGACAUGGCGCACAUCCUCUUCGGCCCCAAGGCUCAGCUGCUGCUGGGGCACUCGCCCGGCCUCGAGGUGUGUUUCCGCAACGUGCUCUUCCCACUGAAUCGCCUGCACACGCCGCAGGCAGCGGACACGCUGAGGCAGUGGGCGCUGCUGGGCGCAGGGGGGCGCGGCAAGGGCAAGGGCGGCAAGGCGCGUCAGUCGGGUGUGGUGCGCGUGAAAGUGCUGCGCACCAGCCGCAGCCUGCCGCCCGUGCCAGCCACGCCUGGAUCCCAGGUGCCCCCCGCCCCGCGGCGCAUGAGGUGGCAGGUGACGGUGCUGGAGCGCGAGAGGGGGCGGUCGGUGAUGAACGGGCAGGAGGUGGCGCGCGUGGCACAUGCUCUCUUCCCCGAGAUGCCUCUGCUUAUCGCCCGGGUCGGCAAGGCCUCUGCCUCUGACCAUGCACUGCUGCUCAAGAACACCCUGGUGCUGAUAUCCCUGCACGGCACGCCACUCACCACGGCACUCUUCAUGCCGCGGGGCUCCGUGGUGGUGGAGCUGUUCCCCUACAAGUUCCUCAGCACGCUCUACAAGAAGCUCGCCAUGCGCUCCGGCGUGCACUACCUCGCCUGGCGCAACAUACACGACAUCAGCGCUUUCUUCCGAAACUCCUGCAUGAAGGAUGGGGGGUUCACGCACCUGCCCGAGGAGCAGUGCUGGAAUAUUCACGAGUGUGUGGCGUGCGCGCGUGAUCAGAGCAUUACGAGGAUACACACCCGCAGCCAUGGGGCUACACUGGACGAUGAUGGAGGAGAAGCUGCUGACGAACCACCUAAUGACGCCCCAUCGCGGACAGGCCUUGAUUUUCUCCGAGGGCUGCAUCAGAACCCUCCGCCUGUCUGCACUACAGGCCCGUCAUCGUGCGGCGGCGAAAAAUUCCCUCCUUCUCGUCCAGCUGGUUCCUCUGCCAUUGAGCUCGACAGUGCUCCCGCCACAGUCAUCCUAACAGAGGUUGACGAGACUUCGUCUGCUGCCUCUAAGAAGAAACGGCGAUUUGCGCAAGCAUAUCUCCCGUUCGGCACACCCCUUGCGAAGCCGACUCCACCUCCGGCCCCCGUCCAAGCUCCCUCGCGUGUGUCUCGUGAACUCACCCGCGCCGAAAAGGCGGAGGAGAAAUUCUGGAAGGCGCAGUAG